CAGGGUUGAGCUCGCUAGAACUCUUUGUGGUGGUUGGCGCCUGAAGUUCUCUACAAAAACAAACUAGGCAGAUUUGUUUUGGGCGAUUUUAAUCAUUUUUUAAAAAGGCUUCUCUUUUUUUCCACCCCAUUUCGUGGCACUGCAAAGCCGAAAGAAAACUUUAAGAAAAUGGAAAUGAAAAAGAGAAUCAAUUUGGAGCUGAGAAACAGGAAGCCCGCGGAAGUGAAGGAGCUGGUGUUGGAUAACUGCCGCUCGGACGAUGGGAAGAUCACCGGACUCACUGCUGACUUUGAAAACCUGGAGUUCCUCAGCAUGAUCAACGUGAACCUGCUGUCUGUAUCCAACCUGCCCAAACUCAACAAGCUGAGAAAGCUGGAGCUGAGUGAUAACAGGAUAUCUGGGGGCCUGGAGGCUCUGGCUGAGAAGUGUCCCAGCCUGACGCAUCUCAACCUGAGUGGCAACAAAAUCAAGGACCUCAGCACCCUCGACCCGCUGAAGAAGCUGCCCAGCCUGAACAGCGUUGACCUGUUUAACUGUGAGGUGACAAUGCUGAUGGAUUACCGGGAGAGCGUGCUGGAGCUGCUUCCUCAGCUCACCUACCUGGACGGCUUCGACGCCGACGACCAGGAGGCUCCGGAUUCCGACCCAGAGGGGCUGGACGAUGACCUGGACGACGAAGAUGAGGAUGAGGAAGGAGAGGAGGAGGAUGAGGAUGACGAAGAGGAGGAGGAGGAUUGCGAUGAGGAUGGAGUUGUGGACGAGGGGCUAGAUGAUGAGGAUGAUGAUGACGAGGGGGCUGAGGAAGAGGAGGACGAUGAUGACGAAGAUGAAGAUGACGACGACAGCGAGGAUGAAGUAGUGGAUGAUGCUGCUCCAGGACAGAAGAGGAAGAGGGAUGUAGAAGAUGAUGGAGAGGAGGAAGAGGAAGAGGAUGAUGAAUAAGCUCAGCUAGAAGAAAGCUGAAGAGCUGUACAGACACUGACCUCCUGGACUGUUUUAACCAACUAUGCACAAGGCUGACUGUAACUGGGAGUGAAUGGGCAAGGGUGACUGGUUCCCGGUCAGCGUGUCUGGGGUGGGAUUGGGAGGGCUGACCAGGGACUAGCUAAUCUGUUGUAAUACCCUGAUGGGUGCUGGUCUAGCAUCCAUCUUUCGAAACCCUGGUCACAUUAAAUUAAUUGGAUAGCUGGUGGGGAGGGGGGGGGAUAGUGCGCUUUUAGCAGGCAUCUCUGAAAAAUGAAUCAAUCCCAUUCAAACUGAGCCAGGUUUUAGCCAAUCUGUGCAUGCUUGUUUUUGUUUGUUUUAAAGUUGCAUCUGUUGUGCAUUGAACAAAAGGCUGCUUUUUUUUUUUUUCUUUAAGUGUCGUUUUUUCCAAAUUAGUUUUAAACUGGUUAUUUUGUAAAUGUAUGUACAUACUUUUGAAUGCAAUUAGGUUUUUUUUGUGGCAGUUUGAGUUCAGUGCUGUAAUUUUCCGCCCCCCCUUUUCUUGAAGAGGAAUGCAUUGUUUUUAACUGACUUGUAAAGGUUUGUAAAAAUAAUAAAAGAAAUGGCUGCA